UGUUGUGCGCAGCAGCUUCGAAAUUUUUGAACAUUUAUGGAACGGUGCGGCUGUAAGUUCUGUAAGUACCCAGAGUGAAUUUGUGGAACAGGAGGUUGUGCCUGAAGCACAGAAUAAUUUAGAUUCCUUGUUGCCAAACGAUGGUUAUAUUUCUGAUGAAAGUGAGAACUCGUCCGAUGGCAUCUAUUGCGCCUGAGAACUUUUAUUUAGUACAAAAAUUAAUUUUCAAACUUAUUUCCAUAUCAAGAUCUGCUGAUAACGAUUUUGUACUUCACGGGCUAAGGGUACAAGACUUACAUAACUUAUAUGAUAAGCCGCUUCAAUCAUCGCUUUUUAAUAUUUACCGUGCCGAAAAUCUCAGUUUUAACAAAACACCGAAUCACCAUACGCUUGACGAAGUAACAUCAAAAGUUAUAUGCUUCUACACCAGAUCGUCUUAUAUAUUUGUGCCACUCAUAGCAGAUCAUGUCGCAGAACAAUCUCAAUUUCAUCGUCGACCCCAUUAAUGAUGACAUCGCAUCCUCACAAACAAUUUAUGUGAUGCAACCAAGUCCAAGCACAACAACAACUUCUUUGGAUAGUGCAACGUUGUCGGGAAUUCAAUCAGUAAUCAUCGACGCAUGUCAAAGGGCUGUUGAAAAGGUGGAGGAAAAAAAUAAGCUAAUAUUGUUGCGCCUAACAGAAAACGUUGAGGGAAUGCGCAAAGAAAUCAUUGAUCUUAAAAAAGCCGUAUCACAUAAUAACGCUACUAUUAUACCAAGCAAGCCGUAUGCUAAUAUUGAAGACUUCCUCAAUUUUGAGAAAACUAUUCUGGAAGAUAUAGAUAAAUUUUCCUUGCUGAAGGCAGAUCUAAAAAGAUGGUCAACAUCCAAUUCGAGAAAAUUUGUAACGAAAGCGUGGCAGAAGAUUAUGACUGACAACGUUGCCGAGAGCUUUUCCUGGCGAGGAACUGCAGAUAAGAAGUGCAUUAGGGCCUUCACUGUCGCCACUGUUAUUCAUCAAACUUUCGCUGAAAAUGGAGGAAAGGAAGAGGACUUUGUGUUUGCCUCUAAGUCAUAUUUCCAGUACGCAAAAAAUCGUAUUAAAAUUAAAACAACAAAAAAAGUAAACUAAAAUACUAAGUAGUAAUGAUUUUUUAAAUGAAAAAACCAAUGAAGUUCCUAUUUUUAUAUUUUAAUGUAAUAUUAUUCUAUGAAGAAACCAAAUUUGAUAUUAAAACUGAUUUUUUAAAUGUAUCAAUAA